AACCCAAUAACGGUAGAGUUGUGUGAUGGCUGAGGUUGUCGUCCAGAACAACCCAAAGGAACCUGAGAAACACACGAGCACAGAUCUGUGGGUGCCAUAGAAGAACGCAACAUCAGCACCCAAAAACCGACAGAAACUUGCAAGAGAGAACCAGUGAACCAUUACUCAGAAAAAGGAUUAAAAGAAAGUCUACAAAACAAAUAAUAGAAGAACAUAAAAUUGCAAAUUCAUUGGAUCGGAAGGGAUAUUUGUAAAGGGUUAGCAGAAGAAUUUUGUUGUGAAGUAGAGAGCCAAAUCACCUAAUUCAGAAUCCUGAUUAAGUUCCAUGGAAGAAGAGCAUCAAUAUUCUGAAAGUAGUGAAGAACUACAGACCCAGAAACCGGAUGGAGAAGAUCAACAGUUGCAGCAUCAAUACCAACUACCUGGAGCUGAAGAGAAACUAGUAUUACAAUUUAUGGAUUCAGUGGAUAACUACCUAUCUCUCUUUGAUACAGUGUCCUCCACACUUCGACAGGGAUGGUUUGACUUAGCAAGUGCUCGACAUUCCAUGGGUGCUGCUCGUAUUAAUAGUUCUUUAUUGGACCUGAAAUUCCAUCCAGCUGCUACAACAUUGAAGAUAACCAACGAUGACGGUACACAACCAUGCUUCAUGUUGCGUAAAUGGGUAUCCUCUGAAGAAAAGAGUACUCAUGAGUUAGAAGAUGAGAAUGUCCAGCCACAAGAUAGUAGUAGUUUGAAAUCUUCCGAUAAUGCUGAAAUUCAAAAGGAGAGAUCCAAGUCCUUAUCAGUUUUUGGAGUUUUAAUAUCGCCAAAGCUUCGAGCCUCCCAGCUGUCAUUUGAGAAAGCACUGGAGACACUCGUAGAAAUAGCUAAUAUGCAAUCGUCAUUGUUAUAUUCUUUUCGCCAACUUCAGAAGGUGGAAGAUACCAAAGAAUGAAAAGUACCAUACCAGCUCUUUCUGGUACGUUUAUAUAAUCUCAUAGACAGUGAACACUUCCCUCAUUGUGCUGCAUAUAUUCUAACAUUGGUUAAUGGUUGGUUACACAUACGAAGAGGGAAGGGAAACUGAUGUACAAACAGUUUGGGGCACGACCCUUAUCUGCAAUUUUUAUGGUCCGAAGUCAUUUUAUAGAAACCCUAUGCAGUGCUUAUGAGUAUCUGUAUAAUUUGUUUUUCUGGGGGCAUAAUAAUCAAUUGAAAAUUAUUUUAAAUGAUUUUAAAGAUAA